GAUUGCUACACAGUGAGUGAGGAUGGGUGACCGAGGCUGGAAUAUACAGUGGUCUGGAACAUGUACCUUAUUGCUUGCGCUUCUCACGCUCCCUGCUCCAGCCCCAGUACAUGGGGCCCCCCACGGAGAGGCUGUCACUGCUGUAUGGCUACAGAAUGGGCGGAUCAGGCGGUCACUUGGUCCUCUAGAAAAGGUAACUCCAGCCCGAGGUGAGAUUUUGGUGACAACGAAGGGACAACAGCUGGUUCUGGAAGUGGAGAGAAACCAACACCUGCUGGCACCAGGGUACUCAGAAACACAUUACACAGCAGACGGGAAGAUGGUGACGGUUUCCCCCAAUCACACGGACCACUGUUAUUACCACGGAGAGGUCCGAGGACAUCAGGAAUCCUGGGUCACACUCAGCACUUGUUCAGGAAUCCGUGGUGUGAUUGUCCUGAAUACCAAUGACAGCUACUACCUGACGCCGCUGGCAGUGCCAGGCCACAGAACCCACAUGAUGUACCGCACAGAGCAGCUGAACAUCACCGGAGGGAGCUGUGAGCAUGAGGGGCACUACGCAGGCCGAACGUCUCAUCUCAGUGAGUUUAUCUCACAGGGCGACCAUCACAGGAUGAAGAGGAACGUCUGGGGUGCACAGAAGUACAUGGAGCUGUUCAUUGUGGCUGAUCACACCUUGUAUAUUAAUCAGAAAAUGAAUCUGGGGCUUACAAAGCAGCGUAUCAUGGAUAUCGCAAACUACGUGAGCAAGUUCUACUUGCCAAUGAACAUUAAGGUUGCUCUGAUUGGCCUGGAGGUCUGGACAGACAGAGAUCAUUCUGAAGUGACAUACGAUGCCAACAGAAGUCUCUACUCUUUCCUGGAGUGGCAGCAGAAGCAGAGGUCUAGGAAAAAGCAUGACAAUGCCCAGCUUGUCACGGGGAAGACUUUUAAUGGGCCGACCAUUGGGAUGGCGCCUCUAGAGAGCAUGUGCACAGAUAAAAACUCUGGUGGAAUCAGCAUGGAUCACUCUGAGCCAGCAAUUGGAGCUGCAGCUACGAUGGCUCAUGAACUUGGACACAAUUUAGGCAUGAGCCAUGAUAGUGAUGGCUGCUGUGUGGAAGCCACUGCAGAACAAGGAGGCUGCAUCAUGGCAGCAGCAACAGGGCACCCGUUCCCUCGCAAGUUCAGCUCGUGCAGCAAGCAGCAGCUAAAUCGCUACUUCCAGAAGGGAGGUGGGAUGUGUCUCUUUGAUAUGCCCAAUACUAAAGAUCUGGUCAUGGGAAAGAAAUGUGGGAACGGCUUCCAGGAAGAGGGAGAGGAAUGUGACUGUGGCGAGAUUGAGGAGUGCACCAACCCUUGCUGCAACGCCUCCACCUGCACGUUAAAGCCCGGAGCUCAAUGUGCGCACGGAGAGUGCUGCGAAGACUGUAAGCUAAAAUCAGCCGGCACACUCUGCAGGGAGACCUCAGGAUCUUGUGACCUUCCAGAGUUCUGUAGGGGUGAUGCUCCUCACUGUCCACUCAAUGUGUAUAUGUUGGAUGGUUCCCCGUGUGCUUAUGGGGAAGCUUAUUGCUACAAUGGGAUGUGCCUCUCACAUGAACAGCAGUGUAUUGAUCUCUGGGGAUCAGGUGCCCGCCCAGCCCCUGACAUCUGCUUUCAAGAUGUGAACAAGGCUGGAGACACUUAUGGAAACUGUGGCAAAGAUGCAAACCUGCAAUAUGUGAAAUGCAACCUUCAGGACGCAAAAUGUGGGAAGAUUCAAUGCCAAAGUAGUGCAAGCAAGCCCAAGGGUGCCAACAUGGUUCCCAUGGACACCACAAUCAGGGUGGAUGGCUACGAGGUGAAGUGCCGUGGAACAUUUUCCUACUCUACACAGAAAGAGGAAGGUGACUCCUCAGAUCCUGGGCUGGUGAUGACGGGGACCAAAUGUGGAGACGGUAUGGUUUGCUGGGAACGGAGCUGUCAGAACGCCUCUUUUUUUGAGCUGGACCAGUGUUUUUCUAAGUGUAAUGGGCAUGGGGUCUGUAACAGCAACAGAAAUUGUCACUGUGAAUAUGGCUGGUCUCCUCCUUUCUGUGACACCACCGGUCAAGGGGGCAGUGUGGACAGUGGACCCAUGAUAGACAGUUUCCCUGCAGGCCUUGUCGUAUUCCUUCUACUCUUGUUCAUGGUCUUCUUGCCAGUUGCAACUUUUGUGAUUUAUUAUUGUUCAAGAAAACCGGGUUCAAAUCUGAACAAGUGGCUAAGGAAAAGCCAGGCGAAGUGUGGUAUGUGCAAAGGUAGCCAGCAAAAGAGCAGCAGGGUGCACUCAAACACCAUCUUUACCCUGCGCAGUUUUUCCUCCCCUGCUAGGCCCUCAAACACGCAGAAUGGCUCUAAAACUGUGUUUCAAGGGAAGUCUGGAGGUGUUCAGAAUGGUUCUCAACCAGUCAAUAUUGUACGCCCUCUUCGACCUGCACCCAGCCCAGUGCACCAGCACAGCAAGCAGCUGAAGCCUUCAAGACCUCCUCCACCAGCCAAGAGUACACCACCCAACCCAAAAAAAGUUGGCAACACUUAUGCCAAACUGCUACCUCCCAAGAAACCUCUGCCAUCUUGCCCAGCAGUGACCUCACAGCUCAACCCACCUCGUAAGCCUCUCCCAGGCAACCCUCCACACAAAGAGCCUCUACUUGUAAUGACGCCUGCAACAAACUGCAAGCCGCCUGUAACCAAUGCUGCCACCCAGCUAAAAGGGCCACACAGGCCAAUACCAGGUGGUAAAGUCCAAGCUGCUGCUGCUGCUUUCCUCCAAAAGAAAUAACAGAGGGAAACCUACAUUUAUUUACCAACCAAGACUGAGAAUCAAGAGGAAACACACCCUGUUAUUUGCACUAUAAGGAAUAAAAUGCCAAAAGACAUGACAUUUGCCGGCCUAGAGCACACUGGCAACUACUGGAGCAUCAGUCCUGUGGUGGUGUUGGAUCUCUGCACCAAGGCAGCAGAUACUCUUCCUCUGAAGAUGCUUAGUGCUAGGUCUGGGUCUUUGGAUUAUAUUCUCCUCUCAGUUAUAAUGCGUGUAUACUAGCAUCAGACUUUUGUAUUGCUGGAUACAGCUUAUUUAUUUGCCUUUUACUGGAUUGAACUAUCAAUUGAUGAAAACACAGCCAAAACCUUUCGGCAAUACCAAAUCUUGCUUUGUAGACCAGCCUGACUUAUACUCAUUCACUGCUGUCUUCACGCCAAAGUUACAUACAAAGACCUUAUCUGGAGUGUUUACAUUGCUCAGUUAAUCACAUAAACUUUGUUCCAGAAUGUGGAUGUUUCACUUAUGAGCUGCUAAAUUAUUUUUUGCUAUCUUUGGAAUUACAAAGUUCAGCUGUGAAUAAUCCUCACUGGUUACCAUUCCAAAUUUCUUCUUCUCAAUUUUCUAAGUGUAGUUGGAAACCUCAAUACAUAACCAUUAAUUACUGAAAUUAUAAUAUGCAGUUAACAAAUUGUAAUUUAUCCACCCUAAAACAUGUCUCAUCUUUAAAAGUCCAAUUUGAAAUUCUAUGCCAUGACAAUUUUCAUGGAGUAAAUUACUUCAGAAAGAAGAGCAAAAACAACAACCCUUUGUCAAAGAACCAAUGAGCUGGAAGUGAAAGUUUCUUCUACAUUUCCACAACCAAAGAAGCAAACAAUAUCAACAACAGAAGGAGGUAGUUUGGAACGGACAAUGGUACAAGUGGGGACUAAAUGAUAAAGCAGUAUUUUAAGUUGCCCUAUCAAAUAUAUAUAUGACGAAGGUACAGGUAUAUAUAUUCCUCCAGAACGAGGCACUUAUCUCUAGAAUAUUGGAGUACCCAUAUUUUUUUAUGUAUUUUUCUUAUCAGUAGUAUGUUAUUUUCCCAGAAGCCAUGUGUACUUACCAUAUAUGUUCUACUUUUUUGCACAUGAUGUGAACAUACGUGUGUCACUGUUACAGAGGUAUACGUAGGGAAGAGCCCAACCUCUUUGUACGAGGUCAGAGCUACCUUGUCCUUGGUCUCCUAGCUGAUGGAUUGCCAUGUUUACAAAGACAACAGACCAUCUAGUGCCAGCAGAGGUAGGGGUCUUAUGGUACAAUACCAUGUUAUAAAUAAGGACACUUCUAUACUUUACAAAGUGCAAUAUAUGUAUUUUAGCCCAUGUGGUGCUGCAGAUUCAUGGGCUUGCACUGAACCAGUUACGGGAGACACAUCUUCCACCUACUCAUUGCUCUGUGUACUUUUCAUUUAAAAACCUUUUUUUUUAAAGUAAUUAGCACAACACCUGGGGUUACUCAAGGGUUUAAAACACAAUAACAGCUAUUUAUGAUACCCCUGUGCUGCAUAAAGUCCCACAUUAUAUCAGUUUAUAGUAAUUUUUUGCAAUAAAUGUGAGUAUGGUCCUCAAUGUGCUGGUGGGUCUAAUUGUUAUUUUAUUUCUUGGUGCAUUAACAAUUAAGUUGAGAUUUGUGGCAAAAAUUGAAGUAUUGCAUAGUGAAAGGGUUGUAUCAGAAAAUAUCACCACUAUCUGAUUGCUGAGAUCUAAAAAAAAUGUACUCAAUACAUUAUUAAAAGGACACUAAAGUCAAAGUUAUAAAAAAAAACUUCCAAUUGACUUCCAUUAUGAAAAUGUGCAGUCAUUUUAUUUGCACACUUUCUGAGGCACCAGCUCCCACUAAGCAUGUACAAAAGUUCACAGUAUAUACAUAUAUGCAUUUGUGAUUGGCUGAUGGCUGUCAUAUGAUACAGCUGGUGGGAAAAUGGAAGUAGCUUUACAAUUUAUCAGUCAAAAAACAUAAUUUAUGCUUACCUGAUAAAUGUAUUUCUCUUGUGGUGUAUCCAGUCCACGGAUCAUCCAUUACUUGUGGGAUAUUCUCCUUCCCAACAGGAAGCUGCAAGAGGAUCACCCACAGCAGAGCUGUCUAUAUAGCUCCUCCCCUAACUGCCACCUCCAGUCAUUCGACCGAAGACAAGAAAGAGAAAGGAGAAACCAUAGGGUGCAGUGGUGACUGUAGUUUAAAAAUAAAAUAUACCUGCCUUAAAAUGACAGGGCGGGCCGUGGACUGGAUACACCACAAGAGAAAUAAAUUUAUCAGGUAAGCAUAAAUUAUGUUUUCUCUUGUAAGGUGUAUCCAGUCCACGGAUCAUCCAUUACUUGUGGGAUACCAAUACCAGAGCUAAUGUACACGGAUGAAGGGAGGGACAAGGCAGGAACUUAAACGGAAGGUACCACUGCCUGUAAAACCUUUCUCCCAAAAAUAGCCUCCGAAUAAGCAAAAGUAUCAAAUUUAUAAAACUUUGAAAAAGUAUGAAGCGAAGACCAAGUCGCCGCCUUGCAAAUCUGUUCAACAGAAGCCUCAUUUUUAAAAGCCCAUGUGGAAGCCACAGCUCUAGUAGAAUGAGCUGUAAUCCUUUCAGGAGGCUGCUGACCAACAGUCUCAUAAGCUAAGUGUAUUAUACUUCUUAGCCAAAACGAAAGAGAAGUUGCCGAAGCCUUUUGGCCUCUCCUCUGUCCAGAGUAAACAACAAACAAAGCAGAUGUUUGACGAAAAUCUUUAGUAGAUGGUAAAUAAAACUUUAAAGCACGAACCACGUCAAGAUUGUGUAAUAGACGUUCCUUCUUUGAAGAAGGAUUAGGACACAAUGACGGAACAACAAUCUUCUGAUUAAUAUUCUUAUUAGAUACCACCUUAGGUAAAAACCCAGGUUUGGUACACAAAACUACCUUAUCUGCAUGGAAGAUCAGAUAAGGGGAAUCACAUUGUAAGGCAGAUAACUCGGAAACUCUACGAGCCGAGGAAAUAGCUACCAAAAACAGAACUUUCCAAGAUAAAAGCUUGAUAUCUAUGGAAUGAAGAGGUUCAAACGGAACCCCUUGGAGAACUUUAAGAACCAAAUUUAAACUCCAUGGCGGAGCAACUGGUUUAAACACAGGCUUGAUUCUAACUAAAGCCUGACAAAACGCCUGAACGUCUGGAACAUCCGCCAGACGCUUGUGUAAAAGAAUAGACAGAGCAGAAAUCUGUCCCUUUAAGGAACUAGCUGACAAUCCCUUUUCCAAUCCUUCUUGGAGAAAAGAUAAUAUCCUGGGAAUCCUGACUUUAAUCCAUGAGUAACCCUUGGAUUCACACCAAUAAAGAUAUUUACGCCAUAUCUUAUGAUAGAUUUUCCUGCUUUCGUGCCUGAAUUAAGGUAUCAAUGACUGACUCGGAGAAGCCACGCUUUGAUAAAAUCAAGCGUUCAAUCUCCAGGCAGUCAGUCUCAGAGAAAUUAGAUUUGGAUGGUUGAAAGGACCCUGAAGUAGAAGGUCCUGUCUCAGAGGCAGAGUCCAUGGUGGAAGAGAUGACAUGUCCACCAGAUCUGCAUACCAAGUCCUGCGUGGCCACGCAGGUGCUAUCAAAAUCACUGAUGCUCUCUCCUGCUUGAUUUUGGCAAUCAGACGAGGGAGCAGAGGAAACGGUGGUAACACAUAAGCCAGGUUGAAGGACCAAGGCGCUGCUAGAGCAUCUAUCAGCGUUGCCUUGGGAUCCCUGGACCUGGAUCCGUAACAAGGAAGUUUGGCGUUCUGGCGAGACGCCAUGAGAUCCAGUUCUGGUUCGCCCCAACGUUGAACCAAUUGUGCAAACACCUCCGGAUGGAGUUCCCACUCCCCCGGAUGAAAAGUCUGUCGACUUAGAAAAUCCGUCUCCCAGUUCUCUACACCUGGGAUAUGGAUAGCUGAUAGGUGGCAAGAGUGAAUCUCUGCCCAACGAAUUAUCUUUGAAACUUCCAACAUCGCUAGGGAACUCCUUGUUCCCCCUUGAUGGUUGAUGUAAGCCACAGUUGUGAUGUUGUCCGACUGAAAUCUGAUGAACCUCAUUGUCGCUAGCUGAGGCCAAGCUUGAAGAGCAUUGAAUAUCGCUCUUAGUUUCAGAAUGUUUAUUGGGAGGAGGGUCUCCUCCUGAGUCCACGAUCCCUGAGCCUUCAGGGAGUUCCAGACUGCCCCCCAGCCUAGAAGGCUGGCAUCUGUCGUUACUGGCCUGCGAAAGGUCAUACCUUUGGACAAAUGGACCCGAGAUAGCCACCAGAGAAGAGAAUCUCUGGUCUCUUGAUCCAGAUUUAGUAGAGGAGACAAAUCUGUGUAAUCCCCAUUCCACUGACUGAGCAUGCAGAGUUGCAGUGGUCUGAGAUGUAGGCGGGCAAACGGCACUAUGUCCAUUGCCGCUACCAUUAAGCCGAUUACUUCCAUACACUGAGCCACCGAAGGGCGAGAAGUAGAAUAAAGAACACGGCAAGAAUUUAGAAGUUUUGAUAACCUGGUCUCUGUCAGGUAAAUCCUCAUUUCUACAGAAUCUAUCAGAGUUCCCAUAAAGGAAACUCUUGUGAGAGGGGAUAGAGAACUCUUCUCUUCGUUCACUUUCCACCCGUGCGACCUCAGAAAUGCCAGAACUAUGUCCGUAUGAGACUUGGCAAUUUGGAAAUUUGACGCCUGUAUCAGAAUGUCGUCUAGAUCAGGGGCCACUGCUAUGCCCCGUGGCCUUAGGACCGCCAGAAGGGACCCCAGAACCUUUGUAAAGAUUCUUGGAGCUGUAGCUAACCCAAAGGGAAGAGCUACAAACUGGUAAUGCCUGUCCAGGAAGGCAAACCUGAGAAACCGAUGAUGAUCUUUGUGUAUCGGAAUGUGAAGAUAAGUAUCCUUUAAAUCCACUGUAGUCAUGUAUUGACCCUCCUGGAUCAUAGGAAGGAUGGUACGAAUGGUCUCCAUCUUGAAUGAUGGGACCCUGAGAAAUUUGUUUAGGAUCUUGAGAUCUAAGAUUGGUCUGAAGGUUCCCUCUUUUUUGGGAACCACAAACAGAUUUGAAUAGAAGCCUUGUCCCUGUUCCUCCUUUGGAACUGGGUGGAUCACUCCCAUAACUAGGAGGUCUUGAACACAAUGUAAGAAUGCCUCUCUUUUUAUCUGGUUUGCAGAUAACUGUGAAAGGUGAAAUCUCCCUUUUGGAGGGGAAGCUUUGAAGUCCAGAAGAUAUUCCUGGGAUACAAUUUCCAAUGCCCAGGGAUCCUGGACAUCUCUUGCCCAAGCCUGGGCGAAGAGAGAAAGUCUGCCCCCUACAAGAUCCGUUACCGGAUCGGGGGAUGAUCUUUCAUGCUGUCUUAGAGGCAGCAGCAGGCUUCUUGGCCUGCUUACCUUUGUUCCAGGCCUGGUUAGGUCUCCAGACCGGCUUGGACUGGGCAAAAUGUCCCUCUUGUUUUGUAUUAGAGGAAGUUGAUGCCGCGCUCGUCUUAAAGUUUCGAAAGGCACGAAAAUUUGCCUGUUUAGCCCUUGAUUUAUUAGACCUGUCCUGAGGGAGGGCAUGACCUUUUCCUCCCGUGAUAUCAGAAAUGAUCUCCUUCAAACCAGGCCCGAAUAGGGUCUGCCCCUUGAAGGGAAUAUUAAGAAGCUUAGACUUUGAAGUAACGUCAGCUGACCAUGAUUUAAGCCAUAGCGCCCUACGCGCCUGAAUAGCAAAACCAGAAUUCUUAGCCGUUAGUUUAGUCAAAUGAACAAUGGCAUCAGAAACAAAUGAAUUGGCUAGCUUAAGUGCUCUAAGCUUGUCAAGUAUAUCGUCCAAUGGGGUCUCUACCUGUAAAGCCUCUUCCAGAGACUCAAACCAGAAGGCCGCCACAGCAGUGACUGGGGCAAUGCAUGCAAGAGGCUGUAGAAUAAAACCUUGUUGAAUAAACAUUUUCUUAAGGUAACCCUCUAACUUUUUAUCCAUUGGAUCUAAGAAAGCACAACUGUCCUCGACGGGGAUAGUAGUACGCUUAGCUAGGGUAGAAACUGCUCCCUUCACCUUAGGGACCGUUUGCCAUAAGUCCCGUGUGGCGGCGUCUAUUGGAAACAAUUUCUUAAAAAUAGGAGGUGGAGAGAACGGUACACCUGGUCUAUCCCAUUGCUUAGUAAUAAUUUCUGAAAACCUUUUAGGUAUUGGAAAAACAUCAGAGAAAACAGUCACUGCAAAGUAUUUAUCCAAUCUGCACAAUUUCUCUGGCACUGCAAUGGUGUCGCAGUCAUUCAGAGUAGCUAAAACCUCCCUGAGUAACACGCAGAGGUGUUCAAGCUUAAAUUUAAAUGUUGCCAUAUCAGAAUCAGGUUGAAUCAUCUUCCCUGAGACAGACACAUCACCCACAGAAAGAAGCUCUCCUUCCUCAGCUUCUGCAUAUUGUGAGGGGGUAUCAGACAUAGCUAUUAAAGCGUCAGAGUGCUCUGUAUUUCUUCUAACCCCAGAGCUGUCUCGCUUUUCUCGUAACCCAGGUAGUCUGGAUAAUACCGCUGACAGUGUAUUAUCCAUGACUGCCGCCAUGUCUUGUAAAGUAAACGCCAUGGGCGCGCUAGAUGUACUUGGCGCCUCUUGAGCGUGAGUCCCUUGAGCGGGAGUCAAAGGCUCUGACACGUGGGGCGAGUUAGUCGGCAUAACUUCCCCCUUGUCAGAUUCCUCUGGUGAUAAAUCUUUUAAAGACAGAAUAUGGUCUUUAUAACUUAAAGUGAAAUCAGUACAUUUGGUACACAUUCUAAGAGGGGGUUCCACCAUGGCUUCUAAACAUAAUGAACAAGGAGUUCCCUUUAUGUCAGACAUGUUUAAACAGACUAGCAAUGAGACCAGCAAGCUUGAAAAAGACUUUACAGAAAGUUAACAAGCAAAAAAUAAAAACGGUACUGUGCCUUUAAGAAAAAUAAAAAAGGUCAGAAUUUGAAAAACAGUGAAAAAAAGCAGUAAAUCAAACGAAAAUUUUACAGUGUGUAUAAUAGGCUAAAAGAGCAUUGCAUCCACUUGCAAAUGGAUGAUUAACCCCUUAGUUUCAAAAACGGAUCAAAAAAACGAAAUAGACGUUUUUUAACAGUCACAACAAACUGCCACAGCUCUGCUGUGGCCCUACCUUGCCAUACAAACGACUUUGGAAAGCACCAAAACCCUUCAGAGAGGUCCUAAGCAUUCAGGGAAUACUUUCAAGGAAACUGGAUGUCUCAGUCUGUAAAAGCUAAUGCGCAUUUAGGCGCGAAAUUAGGCCCCUCCCACUCCUGUCUACACAGUGAGAGGCCUAACAAAACUAUCCCUAGGCAAAUUUUAGCCAGCCAUGUGGAAAAACUGGGCCCCAAUAAAGUUUUAUCACCAAACAGCAUAUAAAAAACGUUUAAGCACUCCCAGCAAACGUCUUAUAUUUCAGUAAUUUGAAAAAAUAAUAAGAGUGUUACCUCUAAUAGUAAGCAUGAUACUAGUCGUUAUUAAAUCACUGUAAUCAGGCUUACCUUAAAUAAAUCCGGUAUCAACAGCAUUUUCUAGCAUAUACAUUUCUCUAGAAAAAUUUAGACUGCACAUACCUCAUAGCAGGAUACUCUGCACGCCAUUCCCCAAGCUGAAGUUACCUCUCUCUUCAGUUAUGUGUGAGAACAGCAAUGGAUCUUAGUUACAACCUGCUAAGAUAAUCAGAGACCACAGGCAGACUCUUCUUCUAUUUUCUGCCUGAGACCAAAAUAGUACAACUCCGGUACUAUUUAAAAAUAACAAACUUUUGAAUUGAAGAAAAACAACUAAAUUACACCACAUCUCUCUAACUGCUUCCAUGCUUGUCGAGAGCUGCAAGAGAAUGACUGGAGGUGGCAGUUAGGGGAGGAGCUAUAUAGACAGCUCUGCUGUGGGUGAUCCUCUUGCAGCUUCCUGUUGGGAAGGAGAAUAUCCCACAAGUAAUGGAUGAUCAGUGGACUGGAUACACCUUACAAGAGAAAUCUACUACUUUUUUGAAAUUCAGAGUGUUAUUGCAUUGCAUUUUUAUUAUGCAUUUGUUGACUGUGCGAUUGUAUGGAAUUUAAUGAUCCUUUAAUAGGUUUCCAGGCUAAUUUCCACAUUUGUAAGGUUGACAACAGACAAUACAUCUUAGUUGUUCUUGCCUUGUAGAUGUAGAGCGAGGUCUGUAUAGGGUUGUUAUCAGCCAGGUGCCAUCAUGUCAAUGAAACUGACAAGUAAAUAUUCUGUGAAUGGGGUGUGGUGACCCUUGUCCAGUAGUCUCUUGUCAAUACCUCUCACCAACAGACAAACUCAAUCUUUUUAUAAUAAAAUAAAACACAAAACCAAAUUGUGAGAAAAGACUACAGUAUUUAUUGAACUAUCAGACCAUUAACAAUGCAAGAAAAAGGACUUUGACCUAUGCUCUCUGCACCUAAAUGCUGCCACUAGCCAGUUUAAAGGCUUGUAGGACACAACCAGCAAACACAUAGGCUAAUAAUGAAAGGUGAAUGAUAUUACUUUAAGGUCUGAAUUUGAAACCUAAUUUUUCUGAUCUGCCACCAGUAAAAAUACUAUCCCAGGGAAACCCACUGCAUUCCAACACAAAUGCUUUAACCACACAGUCAAGACAAAAUGUAAUGGAAUUUGUUAAUAAUAGGUUUCUCCCCCAGCACAACCACAUAUCCCCUCCCAUCUUAACACUAUAACCAGUAACAUCAUAUUUUACACAUCCCUCAUAUUACCCCAAAAAUGUCACCCCCACCCUGGAAAGGCCAUAGUCGCCAAAGCUCCUGCUGAGAAAGGGUCUCUUUUCCAAUUAAUUACAACAGCAAACAUUCUCAACACUCCCUUAAAAUUGUAUUAAAACAUUCUGAUCCAAUUUAUACUGACUCUUUUUUAAUACUGUCCGUGAGAUAUUCCCACCUAUAUUUACUGUGUAGCGAGAGUUUACUACUAGCUGAUGGCGUCUUUAAGAUGUCGGUAGUGACCAACAUGAAGGUGUAUUCGCAGGUUAACUAGAAGUCAUUAGUUUUCAUUAAAGUUAUUUGUUUUACAAUUGGCUGCCAUCAGAAAUAUGCUCAUAACACUGGCUGAUUUCUCUUUGUUCAGAGCUCUGUGGCUCUAUACAGGCACUGAUAUAGCUACCAUAAAGCAUGUUUAAUGAAUAUUACUGAAGGGAACACUGUCAUAGUUAUGAAACAGUUUUAAUGAAAGGUGCAGGGUAUAUUAAAAAUAUAAAUGGAUUAUUUCCUAUUUUAUUAUUGAUAAAACUUUCUUUCUGUUAUUUACCAGUCAGGUCCUUGUUAUGGUGCCUUAGAGCUGAAAAAUCCCAGCCGUGAAUAUAUCUGAGACACUUUACUACUGUUCCUAUGUGAAGCCCAAGGACAUGACUUGAAUAUUGUUAAAUAUGUGGUUUAUUAAUUAUAAAAUAGUUAUUGUUGCAAAAAACAAUCUGAAUAAAGGGCCCCCAAAAAAUGAUGGUACCUAAUUACUUGACUUACUAAUCCAAAAUGAUCUCUUCCCUCACCAUAGCUCACAUAAAAUAACCUACAAUAUGAUCAGUAAGGCAGGAGUGGACAAAUCUGUUUAAAAUUUAGUAGCCAGUAAGAAUAUUUAGUAGCCAGACAUACUCUUAGGAGCCAGACAGUGGUAUCUGUAUAUAGAUCUAUGGAGAUUAGCAGAAAAUGUUAGGAGCCAGGAGUAAAAUCAUUGGAGCCAGUGGCUCCCAGGUUUGUAGAGACCUGCAGUAAGUUAUUGCAGAGCUUUAACAGGUAAAGUAGCUUCUUGCAUAGAGCCCACUAGGGUCUAAAUCUGCUUCUGGUUUUCUGCACUGAUUAGUUUUGUCUUUUUAAGAUACAGCAUAUUUGGCAUACAUGGUAUAUAAGAAGAAUGAAACCCAUUUAUAUUUAUGAACAACAAUAAUGAAAACUAUUUCUGCUAUCAUUUUAUAUUUCAAACUCUCACUUAAAAAUUGUGUGUGUAUUGUAUGGUUGGAACGUUUACAUUGAUACAUUUGAGAUUUGUUUACUGAGCUAUAUGACUUUGACAAAUAGACAAUUUUUUUGAGAGUUGUGGGCAUAGCCCAUGAAAUUAACGGUCUCCUGUUGUGUGAAUGAUAAAAGCAACCUGUGAUUAGUGAUGUUUUAGGUUUUGCAUCUGGGUUCAGCAAACAAACAUAAGAAAAAAGUAUGAUUUUAUAAGCAAUUGUUUGGUCAUGCAAUGUUGAAUUGAUCCUCCAUAUUUAAUGACACGGACAAUAAUGUUGUAAAAUUCUUUUGAUAACAUGUUCCACUCAAGCUCAAUUCCCCUUCAAAGCGCCUUGUAUAUUUUUUUCCAAAGUUUUAAAAUUUAUAGCCAUUCCAGUGCAUUUGAAGACCCCGCAUUAACUUAUUACACGUUUUCAAUUAAUUACUGGCAUAGCAACUGCUUUUAUCCUAGAGCUGGCAAACCUGUGAUCAAGGUGGCACUCAAACAAAUAUGCUGCCAUCUAACCACAUGGUUACCACCAUACAGCUUGGUUUCAUUGGCUACAAUUGAAGCACAAUUAUUUUUCUUAUGAAUAUAUCUUGUGUAUAUAAGCAAUUACGCCGUCAUUGUUGCAAUAUUUUAGGGUUUUAAAGAAACAACAACUUUGUUUCUUUAAUCCACGUAAAUGAAAAAAAAAAAAGAUACAUUAGAAUAAAACCAAUUUGGUGACAUUCUUAGGAAGGUUUGCCUGUUUUGUGCACAAACUGGAUAAUAUACAAUGGUUUUGCAUGGGAAUAGAUGUGUUGGAACUGGAGAGGCCAAAUGUAAACAUCUUCUGUUGCACAUGUUGCAAUCUCACCAAUAGCACAUCAUGCUGUUAUCUACUAUCAAAUGGCCAGGACAUAUACUUCUUGACUGCCAUAGUGAGCUGCUAAUUGCACAACCAAUGAGUAAAAAGGACAUAAACACUAAAUACAUUUUAAUAGCAUAGUAUUGAGGUUAUUCCCCAGCAACCACUAGUCAUGGGUGCCGCCAUGUUGAAAUCUAGAUCUCACAACAUCCCAUUGUUGACCUCUCUGCACAUGUGCAGCAACUCUCCUUCAGAUACUUGCAAUGUAACAGCACCCAUGAUAAGAGGGAGGUGCUUGAUAUGUAUUUAGUGUAUCUAGAUUUCUCAUUUUAAAAAGGGCACAGUUACAGUGCAGUCACUUGCACGUCAGUUUUAUUUCCAGCCUUAUUAAGGAGACCCCAGCCUGUCCCUACAGGACGGACUGUCAGACACAUACACAUUUACAGGGUGCUGGCAGACCCCAAGGGACUUUCCUUUAUCUGGUCUAUAGCUCUCUGUUAUCCUCAUGUUUAUCAUUGCUGUGAUAUAUAGGAAUUACUCUAUUUGUAUUUAUAAUCUGCGGUACUGCAAAAAAAUGUGUAAUAAAGUUACUUUUUAUAUUGA